AUGGUUGGUGACGUUCAAACACUGAUAAAAGAAUGCGAGAUUUGCAAUACUUCUAAGGUGUCAAAUAGAAUGAUAAAACCACUCAUGGGAAUGCAAACCAUAACCGAAAAACCAUUCCAAAGUCUGCAUGUGGAUUUCGUGGAACCUUAUACAUUUGGUGUACCAGAAUGCAUGCAUUCCGAUAACGGGAAACAAUUUAUUUCAGAAGCCUUUAAUUCAUUCUUGCAAAAAUAUGGAGUGAAACACAUUCGAACUGGAUUGUAUUCUCCUCAAGCCAAUGCUGCUGAACGAGUAAAUCAGUCAGUACUUCAGUUCGUUCAUUCUUAUAUACAAGAAAACCAACGUAAUUGGGAUCAGUAUGUAAGUGAGGCAGCAUUUGUACUCAGAAGUGUGAAACACAGCUCGAUAGGUAUGGAACCAUAUAUGGCAGUGUUUGGGUCACAUAUGAUUCAGCAUGGCGCAUCGUAUGAGAUAAUGAGGAAGUUGAGCUCCACACAACAAUCCGAAUUUGAAAUAUUAGAAGCGACAGACAAACAACUAUUGAUGCGAGAGAAACUGACUGACUGA